AUGGUCGCCAUCACCUUGACGCCCCACAGAGGAAACAGCGCUCGCUUCUACCCUCACUCCGGGUACCUUGGUCUCGAUCCGGUCGUCAUCGAAGGCACCGUCAAAACCUUGAUCGAGGAAGAUCGCAAACCGAUCAAAGCCUCGAGCAUCGUGGUCCGCAUAAGAUGCUACGAGACUGAACUCUCCCCAACGCGAAGAAAGGGCGCCAAGAAGACGCAUGUCUUGUACGAGAAGGAGUGCGAGGUGUGGACUGCCGCCGCUUCGCGAGCGCCGAGUUCGAGCUCGGACCAAGUUGGCGCCUGGGCCCCACUCGGCGACUUUUCCAGCCCCUUCAGACUCGUCAUCCCCUCUGACAACUCGGGCGUCUCGACAUGCACCUUCAAGAACUAUCGUGUCUGGUGGCAGAUUGAAGGAGGUGAGUCCAAUCCAGGCCUGGAGACCGUAUGUUUCCACGGCUGACUCUAUGGCUGUCCCUGCUUGCGCUGCAGUCAUCAACCACAAGCCCAUGGCCAUGCUUGGGGAUUCACGCAUCAUAUCUCACCAAAUUCCUCUAGUGCGCUACCCUUCGCCCAUGUCGUCACCUUUGCCUCCCGUCACGUGGGAUUCGACGACAACGCUCGGAGCGCCCACCGGUCUCGAAUUCACGAUUCGGUCUCCGACUGCCUCGGUACUGCAGUCCGACCAGAUCGCGUUCUCCCUGUUCUUUCACACUAACGACACACGACUUCAAGUCAAAAAGGUCCAAUUCUCCCUCGAUCGACACAUGACGGUCGACUGCACGAUGCGUUCCUCCACAGGUUCAGACAGCGAUGAGAUGCAACCUCCCCCCGACGCCUCGGACGCCGCUCUCGCCGAUGAGCCCAGCCGUCAGCCUCUGCGAGGUAUCUCGUCGGUAUUUCAACGUGGCAGCUCCCAAGGUCGCCGCUCCAGCGCGGUUAGCAUCUCACCUUUACCUUCGCCCGUCUACUCGACCCAGUCGAUGGACGCUUCGUCAUACUUUGCCAUCGCCUCGGUCGCGGACACAAUCACGCCGAUGUUGAGCCCGCCUCCCAAGGGAAAGAACAGUGUCUUGACGAACCUGAUGGCGAUCGACUUUGACAACCCUUCGUUCGACGAAGAACACCGAGUAGUGGCGCAAACUCCUGGUUCGGCUUCCUUGUAUCGGUACUCUGUCGGCGAAACGAUGCGCACCAACAUUGCUCAGAUUGCGUUCACCAUCUCUGCUAGGGUCAGUUUAUCUGCAAUGCCUCGCCUUGCGAUUCUUCGCGUCUGACUCCUCAACAAUUUUGCUUUCCGUAGAUUUUCUUACGAGGGCGCACUGGUGCGAAUGAAGUAAUCGAGCUCGCGCCUAGAGUGGUUCGCUUCGCAGGCUGCUCGGCUUCGGCACUCGAUCAAGCCCUUCAGCACAUCGCCGAUAGCAGCAUUCAGCACUCGAGGAUGCCCAGUCAACCGGCAAAGGCGUCGUUCAACGCACAGCAACUUGCGACGCCGCCUCUCGAAAGCUCUGCGACACUUGGUGCCCGCCGAUCGCAAAACUUCCACCUCACCGUCGAUACGACCCGCCCCACUAGCACUGACAAGACUUCGAGUCGAUCCAACGACGGCGAUCAAAUCGCCGCUCGCCAGCGAUCUGGCCAAUCCGAGAUGUUCAACCGAGGUCCGAUCAAGUCAACCAAGGCAAGCUUCGUCGGGCCGCCAACCCCCGACAGCCCCUUCUUCGAGGCUCUCUCAACCCCUACGCCCGCAAACAAGACCCCGUUCAUGGCCUCUGUGGCAUCUCGUGCGCAGCCCCGUCUGCAACAAUCGCACUUGCCUAACCCUCCCCGCCAACCGCGCCACGGCCUCUUCCCCCUCGCGAAGCGCCCCGCCCAUAUGGCAUCGCCCGAUCCCGUUACCACGAGCACUCCGACGGCCUCGAUUGUAUGCCCUACCUCUCCCGCCAACCGCCACCAGUCGCGGAGAUCAGCUCGCUCCCCUGCACCGUACUCGGCCACGAACCGACCCCGAUCAGCCGGCCAGCUCUCUUCGCGUUCGACGACCACGAGUCUGUCGAGUGCUUCAAGCUCACGCUUCUCUCGCGAGCAGUCAGCGCCACCCCUCGCGACGUCGAGCUGUCAGCUUCUCUCCCCCGAUGCGCUUCCGUCUUUAUCCCUCUACCCUCGUCAAGGCUCUCCUGAUCUCCUGCCUGACGAAUGCAUGGACCAAGACAUCUUCAGUGACGAACUUCGCGCGCCAUCCUUGUCGAGGUCGAGUUCGACGAUGAGCGACAUCGAGGACAAGAGGGCCGCGCCUGCCUCAAUGGUCGAUUUCACCUCCUUCUCUCUCAUCCCCACGCAAGUAAACCAUUUACAUGCGUACACUCUCGACAAGGAGACGCGCAAGGUCAUUGCACCCUGGACGACGGACGUCUCUCCCCUCGAGAAGCGAGCUGUAGUGACCGCACAGCAGCAGCAGUCGCAGUUGGGGAUGACUCGCUCCACGUCGAACUCCGGCCGUACGACGGGCCCUGCCACCAUCUCCGGCGAUUAUCGCCGUCGCAAGAGCAGUUCCGGUUUUGGCAUUUUCGGUCGUACGAGCGAGGAUGGUGACGACAAGGAAUCGAGUGGUCGUUGGGGUUUCUUGCGACGAGGCUCCAAGAUCUAA